AUGCAACUGUGGAAAGUAGUUGAUUUAGAAGGAUGUCUCUGUUAUGCCUUUCUUCCAGUAAAUCACAUAUCAAAAAAAACAGAAGAGAAUCAAUACAAUCAGAAACAGAUUGUUGAAAUAUUGAAAAUCGGGACUGAUAAUAUGGUAAACUUAGAAAUUACAGACGAUAACAGUGUAAUUUAUACAGACGUAUCGAACGAUGUCUAUACAAUAAAUACGGAAAACAAGAAAGUCUUGUCGGCAGACGAGUUAGAUUCGGAUGAAGAUCAACUUGAUAAUAAGAAGGAGACCAAGGUCUAUACUUGUGAUAAGUGCAAUAUUUCCUUUCCCAUGAUGAAGAUGUUAAAGUUUCAUUGGGAUCUAAUGCAUAAACAGGAUAAAGAUAUUGUUACGUUCACCUGCAGUUUUUGUACCUUUGAAAGUACCAACAAAUCGACCUUUUAUUCUCAUAUUAAUAGGAAACAUUCCACGAAUCGUGUAAUUAAACGAAGAAAAAAGCCGCAGGAAUACUUGUGUAACUUUUGCGGAUUUGAAUCCCCAAAUCGACGACGGUUAAAAGAGCACCUCGAUCGCAAACACGGAUCCGAGUAUAAAUAUGACUGUGAGCAUUGCGGCAAGAAAUUUAAAGUGAAAAGCGAUAUGAGAUUGCAUGUACGUUUCAAGCACAUGGAGGACCCAGUAGUAUGCGAUAUCUGCAAUAAGACCUGCUCCAACACUAAUUCACUGUAUGUGCACAAAAAGUGGGCGCAUUUCAAGCCCAAAUAUAAAUGCGAAAUCUGCAAUAGGCGUUUGGUCACGCAGGAGAAUUUGGAUCAACAUAUCUUUCUACAGCACGAGUCCAGAAAGAGUUUCACAUGCGAAGAGUGCGGUAAAUCUUUCAAUGACAAUCACCGAUUGAAACAGCAUAUGAUGACCCACACCGGUGACCGACCGUAUGACUGUCAUAUCUGUGGCAAAGCUUUUGCGCGUAGAACUGCUUACAGGCAGCAUCUGUUACUUCAUACGGGAAAACGACCGUAUAUUUGUGAUAUUUGUGGGAAAGCUUUUGCGCAAAAACCUGGAUUAAUAUGUCAUCGAAAAUGUCAUCCUGGAGAGCAUCCUCCUUUACCAGUGGUGCAUAUCGAUCACAUUCUUAACGAUUUUAUGAAGAAGAAGCCGACAGCGGAUAUUUUUGCCAGCGAAGCGGUGACGAAUAAAACUGGAGCAAAAACAUCGACUUUUGCAUGUAAACAAGAAAAGAAGUCACAGGAGGAUUGUGAAGAAAAAUGCAAUCCGUUCGUCUGUGACGUCUGUCUUAAAUACUUCAAGAGCAAGUACUUACUGAAACGUCAUGAGCUCACGCACACGGCGGAGAUUAUGCGCGGAUGCGAAACGGACGUGAAAGAAAAUUCUACAUUCACUGACGAGGUGCCGCAAAAGCAGGCACCUCUCCCAUGCGUAACAUGCGACUUUCGCUGCAAUAAGAGAUCCACGAUGAUUGCACAUCUCGCCGAGAAGCACGACGGUAUCGCGAACAAUGACAGAUUCGCCGGUGACAAGCGCGAGUUUACCUGCGUCGUCUGCGGCUUGGUGUUCACCCGCAAAGAGAGCCUGAGGUCACAUUUCAUCCGUAAACAUACUCAACAUUACGCUUACUCGUGUGAGCAUUGUGGCAAGGGGUUCAAAGUUAAGGGUGAUCUCACCACCCAUACCCGGUUAAAUCAUCAGGAGUCACCGGUGGUGUGCGGUGUCUGCGGCAAGACCUGCCGAAAUAGCCACAGUCUGUACACUCAUCAGAAACAUGCGCAUUACAAGGCAAAAUAUGAAUGUCCGUUGUGCCAUCGACGACUCGUAACGCAGCAGAAUCUAGAUCAGCACUUGCUGACGCAGCAUGAGAGGAAGGAAAAGUCGGUGUGUGAGCAAUGCGGCAAGACCUUCUUCGAAAAUUACGAUUUGAGGAAGCACAUGAGAAUUCAUACAGGCGACAAGCCGUACAACUGCACAGUCUGCGGCAGAGCGUUUGCCAGGCAUAGCAGCCUGAGUCAGCAUCUCCUUCUGCAUACCGGCGAGCGUAUCUAUGCGUGCGACGUAUGCGGCAAGACGUUUGCUCAAAAGGCUGGUCUCAUUUGUCACAGGAAAAUUCACUCGGGCGAUCUGCCGCCCUUACCGGUGAUGCAUAUCGACCAUAUACUGAAGGAAUUCAUUAAGAAAUAA